UGGCGCAGAGCGGGUCUACGCGACCGCCGACCAAGCGGUCGCGCUGCGGUAGCGUUGUCUGCUACUUGCCUCAUUACUACGGCCUUUUCAAUGUGUACAAUGCCCCCGGACUCCUCGAGCUUGAAGAAAAUAACCUGGAUGAUCGAAGCGUUCACAUAUGCCACGACUCAAAUGUUGGACCGUCUUGCAUAGCGGCAAGCCAGGGAGCAGUCUUUUUUUAACCUAUUGACUUCGGCGCGUUCACCACCAUCGAUGCCGUCACUUGCGUCAAUGUCGUCGCACAAUUCCACAUCACUUUGGCAGGAAGCAACAUGAACGGGAACCACUGUCCUCACUUUGGGUCGUUUUCUUGCUGACAUGGGCAGCUGUGGUUUCGACAGAUGCUCAGGAAAAAAAAAAUAAACGUGGGAGAGACAGAAGCGGCUCCGCAGCGCUUGACAGCAUGUGGGCCGAAGUGUUGCUGUCACUGCUGCUGGUGGCAGCGUCCGCGUCGCUGUCGUGGUUCCUGCGGAGAAAGCGGAAGCUAGGCCUCUUCCGGCGUCAUGGCAUCCCGGGACCCGACCCGGACUUCUUCUGGGGAAACUUCUUGCAACUCAAGGAGGACCGCGUGCAAGUCAUGGAACGGUGGAUAGCUGAGUACGGCAAGGUGUUCGGAUACUAUAGCGGCGAGAUGCCGUACAUUGUGGUCUCGGACCUGGAUAUAGUCAAGGAGUGCCUCGUCAAGGAGUUCCCCACCUUCCACGACCGGGCGCCGUUCGUGCUCAGCGUGGAACCUUUCGCCAGCUGCAUGCUACAGCUGAAAGGCGCCGAGUGGAAGCGCGUGCGCAGCGUGCUCAACCCGACGUUCAGCUCGGUCAAGAUGAAGCAGAUGGCGCCGAUCGUUCGCAGCUGCGUCGACUCGAUGAUGGAAGUGCUCGAUGAGCGCUGCCGCGCCCAGCAGACGGUCGACAUGUUCAAAGUGGCCCAGGGGUUCUCUCUCGACGUCAUCACCAAGUGCGCCUUCGCCUGGCAGGUAGACUGCCAGAAGAACCCCAAUGACCCACUCCUAUUGGGUGUUCGAAAGAUCUUCGAGGAGGCCGAGAGUGCCGCGGUGUGCAACGCCAUCCGGUUUCCGGUAUUGCGGGUCGUGAUCACCGCACUCUACCGGCUGAGCGAUUACUACAAAGUUAUGCGCCGCAUGACCGACAACCUGCGCCAUGUCAUCGAGCAGCGACGACGAGAGCGGAAUGUGACCUCCACCGACAUGCUGCAGCUGAUGCUCGAGGCGCAGGAUGGGGCCGAGGGCUCGAGCAGCGAUACUGGCAGGCGAGACAUGCGGCUGAUCGAGGACCGGCACGUGGUGGGCAACGCGUUCAUCUUCCUGGCUGCCGGCUUCGAGACGACGGCCACCUCGCUGGGCUUCCUUAUGUACCUGAUGGCCACGCACCCCGACGAGCAGGAGAGGCUGCGCGCCGAGCUCGAGUCGGCGUUCGGCACCGACCAGGAGAUCAGCUAUGAGGGCCUGCAGCAACUCAAGCGCCUCGACAUGGUCGUGCAGGAGGCGCUGCGCAUCUACCCGCCCGUGGUGCUCUUCAUCAGCAGACACUGCGACAAGGACACCACCAUCAUGGGCCACUUCUUCCCAGCGGGAGUUAACAUCAUGAUUCCCACGUGGCACAUCCAUCACGACCCGACCCUGUGGCCAGAACCGUUCGAGUUCCGCCCCGAGCGCUUCGACCCGGAUGGGAGCGGAGGCCUUCCCCAGCAACCGGCCGCCUUCCUGCCCUUCGGCUUGGGACCACGGGUCUGCAUCGGGAAGCGGUUUGCCCUUCUAGAACUCAAGAUGGCCGUCUGUCGAGUCCUGAGAAAAUACCGCAUCCUCCGCUGCGAGGAAACACAGGAGCCGCUCAAGAUUAUCGUGCCCAGUGUCAUUAUCAAUCCGGAGCGAGGUGUCGUCGUCAGGCUGGAGCGACGAUGACCCGAAGCUAGCGCGGACUCCUCCAAUUGUGAUGCGAGCAGUCCGGGCCACGGUCGCUGCGCUGUUCCGCGAGAGACGCUUCCGCGAGGAAGGUGAAGACCACUCUGUCUGUGUGGCUUUACUGCGUAGGCACUUAUUUAGUUUUAUGAAAUGCUGGCCUACUGACCACUCUCUAAUCGAAGUACGGGUACAUUGAACGGGUUUAUCCUGUACCUUUCACUCGGUGGGUACUCCCGCAGUUGUGCCAUUAGACCACAGGGUUCUCUUGACAAGUUGAGCGUAUGACAAAAUUUCGUGACUACGUUCGUGACUGCGUGUAUAAAGGCAGGUGUCAUUGCAUGUGA